CUCUCGGCCCAAGGGCUGCGCUCCACAGGGGCUGAACCGCCGGCCGCGGCGUCUCUCUCGGAGCGGAUCGGAGCUGAAGCGGGAUCCGGAGCCUGAACAGCCGACGCCAUGGCGAUCAAAUUUCUGGAAGUCAUCAAACCCUUCUGUGUCAUCCUGCCGGAAAUUCAGAAGCCAGAGAGGAAGAUUCAGUUUAAGGAGAAAGUGCUAUGGACCGCUAUCACUCUGUUUAUCUUCUUAGUGUGCUGCCAGAUCCCCCUGUUUGGUAUCAUGUCUUCAGAUUCAGCUGAUCCUUUUUAUUGGAUGAGAGUGAUCCUGGCCUCUAACAGAGGUACAUUGAUGGAGCUGGGCAUCUCUCCCAUCGUCACCUCUGGCCUUAUCAUGCAGCUCUUGGCUGGGGCAAAAAUAAUUGAAGUUGGUGACACUCCAAAAGAUCGCGCUCUCUUCAAUGGAGCCCAAAAGCUAUUUGGUAUGAUCAUCACUAUUGGCCAGUCUAUUGUGUAUGUGAUGACCGGAAUGUAUGGGGACCCUUCUGAAAUGGGUGCUGGAAUCUGCCUGUUAAUCACCAUCCAGCUCUUUGUUGCUGGACUAAUUGUCCUCCUCCUGGAUGAGCUCCUGCAGAAAGGGUAUGGCCUGGGCUCCGGUAUUUCCCUCUUCAUUGCAACGAACAUCUGCGAGACCAUUGUGUGGAAGGCGUUCAGCCCCACCACUGUCAACACUGGCCGAGGAAUGGAGUUUGAAGGGGCCAUCAUCGCCCUCUUCCAUCUCCUGGCCACACGCACUGACAAAGUGCGAGCCCUCCGCGAGGCCUUCUACCGCCAGAACCUCCCGAACCUCAUGAACCUGAUUGCCACCGUCUUCGUCUUCGCGGUGGUCAUCUACUUUCAGGGCUUCCGCGUGGACCUGCCGAUCAAGUCAGCCCGUUACCGAGGCCAGUACAACACGUACCCCAUCAAGCUCUUCUACACCUCCAACAUUCCCAUCAUCCUGCAGUCGGCCCUGGUGUCCAACCUCUACGUCAUCUCCCAGAUGCUCUCCGCUCGCUUCAGCGGCAACUUGCUUGUUAGCCUGCUGGGCACUUGGUCUGAUACAUCUUCUGGGGGCCCCGCACGUGCUUACCCUGUCGGUGGGCUCUGCUACUACCUGUCCCCUCCCGAGUCCUUUGGCUCCGUGUUGGAAGACCCUGUCCAUGCCAUCGUGUACAUCGUGUUCAUGCUGGGCUCGUGCGCGUUCUUCUCCAAGACGUGGAUCGAGGUCUCCGGAUCCUCCGCCAAAGAUGUUGCAAAGCAGCUGAAGGAGCAGCAGAUGGUGAUGAGAGGUCACCGAGAAACUUCCAUGGUCCAUGAACUCAAUCGGUACAUCCCCACAGCCGCAGCCUUUGGCGGGCUCUGCAUCGGUGCCCUGUCCGUCCUGGCUGACUUCCUGGGUGCUAUCGGGUCUGGGACGGGCAUCCUGCUGGCGGUCACCAUCAUCUACCAGUACUUUGAGAUCUUCGUGAAGGAGCAGAGUGAGGUCGGCAGCAUGGGGGCGCUGUUGUUCUGAGCCCCUUGUCACCAGGAACCCAGACAGCGAGCCACGCCUGACUUCUCAGGAAGGGGUGGGAGCAAAGCAGAAGCAGCUCCCUCAGCAAGUUCUUGCAGGAGGCACCUGUGUGGCAUGUGGACUUCACUUAAUAAUGUGUUUGAAUCUCAUAUUCUUUCAUUCCUCUUUGCAAAGUGCUGGGGAUUUCCCAGUGUGAAAUUUUGCCUUUUCUUAUUCUGGCAUUGGCAGAAAGAACUGGCAGUGAGGGUUUUAUUUGGCUGAUUGUCAGAACUGGUGAAAACGGUAAAUGAUUGUCUUUGAGUACCCAUUUAACUUUCGGUUAGCCUUAUUUGCACCUUAUUUCUCAGUGCUGUCCAUGGCUGCAGUGGCCUCCGCUUUUCCCCACAAAGGAAAUUCUUUCCCCUGCUAGAAAGCACAAACAUUGAACUGUCUGCUUGUGUGUGUGUGGUUCUGGGUCAGGCUGGGAGCCUGUGUUUUCUGGUGGACUGGGAAACCAGUGGGGUAAAAGCCUCACCAGACGGUCUCCUUCCGUCCAGAUAGGGCAUCUCUACUCUAGGACUUUCUCUACAGAAUUGUUUCCCUUUAAAAGAAGUAGUUUAGAGCUGCGCUUUGUCCACAGGCUAGUAGAGUUCCCAGAAGACCCCCUUGGCCACCAUCUGUGUAUUUCCCUGCCUCUGCCUCGGCGGGCUUGGAGACGGGAAAGAACAGUGUGCGUCCCCAUUGUCUCUCGUUAGCUGUGCCCUGUGAUUCCGAGUUGAGCCGUGUGGCGCUAAUACAGGCGUUUUUGUGGGAGAAGCCCGGACACAAUCUUGUCUGUCCAGAUUCUCCCCGUGUGGACCUUGCUCUUCUCCCUCCUGCCCUGAGAGGGCGGUGUGUCAGCACGCAAUCGAUGGAAAGAGUGACUUUGUGUCCUCAAGCCACUUCUACCUUCUGGACUAAAAAUGCCCCACGUGUGUUUUUCAACCUUUUCAUUGUACUUCUGAUGAAAUGCAAGUAAUGUAAAUGACCAGCUGCCGCUGCUCUCCGCCCCACGGGGCCAGUCCUGUCCCCAGGGAGGAGGGGCGGGCUGUGGUGCUUGGCUAGAAAGGACUCAGUACAGUGUCUGAAAGCAAUUCUCUGACUGGCAGGUGACCUUUCCCGGGUGCCCAAGUGAACAGUUGCUGUCUUGGCAGUUGAAUGUCAACAGGGACAAGCAGGGCCCAGGGCACUGCAGUCAUCAGGGACCUAGAAGCUCUGAAUGACCCUUGGGCGAUGGCAGGUCUUGGUUCUAUGAGGAGAGCCUAUGGGUGUCUGCUCGCAGAGGCAAGCAUGCAGUAGUUCCAAAGCCUAGAGUUGGUACGAGGGGUGGCAGUCAGGGCAGGGCUCCCUGGAGAGCUCACAACAGGGCUAACUGGGAAACUGAGGCAGCCAGGAAGGAGGAGCAACUUGCCGGAAGCCACCAGGAAGCAAGAGCAGAAUCAGGAGAUGCCCCUGCCCUGAGCCUACCACCUAUCACACGCGGCCUUGUCUAGCCCCGGUCCUGAGCACAGGGGAGGCUCUGAGGCCCUGACUCCCUUCCUGCCCCACACCUGCCAGCCAUGGCCACCUCAGUCCUGGCACCACUGCCAGGCUGGCCACCAGCCCUGCCACAUGGGCUGCUACAGCCCCCGGUGAAUAUGGCAGUAGUGAACUAGCUCAGCCAAAGGUGUGAACUGAGGGGUGCCAGGCCUCGUGUAACCAGGAAGCUGUUGGCACAGGAGUUGCCCAGUUGGGGCCAGCGAGGCUGAGCUCACACUGGAUGGUCAGGGUGGGGGCAGGGAUGACGUGACUUAAGAGACUGUCACUGUGGGCGCCAAAAUGGCAUCACUGAGAUUAGGUGAACAAGUAACAAAUAAAGCUAACUUUUUACAA